AUGGAGACACUCAACUUCGCCAUAAUUAGUCACCCACAGUACUGGUUUCAGCCCGUGCAGCCCUUGGCUUGUGGUGUAGCCCAUACAGUACAUAGCCUUGUCCAGCUGCCUCACUGCACUCUACAGCUGGACGCCACCCAAUGGAUCAGCACAGCUGGCUCAAUGAACCUGGUCAGUCUGAAACACCUCCACCCUCUCCUUGUUCGUGUCUGGGUGGAAGAACAGCCCCAGCUGCCAGAAGAGACGCCGCUAUGGCUGCUGCUGCAGAUCGCGCCCAUCAAGAACGAGCGGGACCUGGUGGUGCUGUUCCUGCUCACCUUCCGCGACAUCACCGCCCUCAAGCAGCCCAUCGAGGCCGACGACAGCAAAGGAGGCCUCAGCAAGUUCGCAAAGCUGGCGCGGUCGGUGACGCGCAGCCGCUCCGUCCUGGUGUCGCAGUUUUCGUCGCACCUGCCCAACCUCAAGGACACCGCCAAGCAGUCCCACCUGGCGCACAUGAUGAGCUUGAACGCGGACGUGAUGCCGCAGUACCGCCAGGAGGCGCCCAAGACGCCGCCGCACAUCCUGCUCCACUACUGCGCCUUCAAGGCCAUCUGGGACUGGAUCAUCCUUUGCCUCACCUUCUACACCGCCAUCAUGGUGCCCUACAACGUCGCCUUCAAGAACAAGACGUCCGAGGACGUGUCGCUGCUCGUCGUCGACUCGAUCGUCGACGUCAUCUUCUUCAUCGACAUCGUGCUCAACUUCCACACGACGUUCGUCGGCCCCGGCGGCGAGGUGGUGUCCGACCCGAAGGUGAUCCGCAUGAACUACCUCAAGUCGUGGUUCAUCAUCGACCUGCUGUCGUGCCUGCCGUACGACGUGUUCAACGCGUUCGACCACGACGAGGACAAAAUACAAAAACUUUUGCUCCCUGUGUAUCAGUGAGUACAAAAUAUCAACAAGGCCAGCACCGUACGAAAGCAUGCGGCAUGUUGUUGAAGUGUUAAGGAGCGAGGUUCUUGACUGUAAACUUGUGCAUCCAUUUAC